ACAACAUUUUUUUGUUUUGAUUUUUGAAACAGCUGAGUGUCCUUUGGCUGGAAACAAAGUAAUUGUUUAUAUAAAAUUUUCCUACCAUCAAUUUAUGUCUUUUAGUUUAUUUGGUAAUGUCUUCUUCUUGUGAAGUUACAUAUUGGGAUGGAAAUAAAACUGAGUUGCUCGUAAAACAUCAGUAGGCCGGGCAAAUCGAUAAAAUUCGCACAAAUUUUGACAGUACCAUCUAGAAUUUCGAAAGCUAUUUGCGAACUCGGAACUGUUGCUGCUCUUCUCGUAUCGUCGUAGUACACUAGCGCUGGGUUUUUUUCUAUUGGUUCUAGAAUUUACUUUUGCAGUCGAAGGGAUACAGAUUAUUUGCGACCGGAAAUCACCCAGCGAAUUCUGCGGCAUUGAGUGAUUGAGCGGAACAAAAUGGCUUGGCGUUCCAAGGGAUUAAAUAAUGCGGAUCUUAUCCGACAGCUGCAAGAGUAUAACAUCAUCAAAUCGGAAGCCGUCGCGCAGGCAAUGCUAGCCACCGACCGGAAGCAUUACGUACCGGAAAACCUGCAUCCGUACACGGAUGCACCGCAACGGAUCGGACACGGGGCCACUAUUAGUGCGCCGCAUAUGCACGCUCAUGCACUGGAGCUGUUGCAGCCGUACCUGAAACACAACAGCAAGGUGUUGGACGUUGGUUCCGGGUCGGGCUAUUUAACCGCUUGCUUUGCCCGCUUCAUACACCGGGAACCGUCGGCUACCGGGUACGCUGUCGGUAUCGAGCAUCAUCCGCGGCUGGUCGAGCUGGGCCGCAAAAACAUUGGACAGGAUGAUCAAUCGCUGAUCGAUACUGGGAAGCUUAUACUCGUUGAGGGUGACGGUCGGCAAGGAUGGAAGGAACAUGCACCGUACGAUUGCAUUCAUGUGGGAGCAGCUGCACCUGAAACACCUCAAGAGCUAAUCAACCAGCUAAAACCGGGUGGCCGAUUGAUUGUGCCGGUCGGUCCAGAAGGCAGCACACAGUAUCUCGAACAGAUCGACAAAGCUUUGGAUGGGCAGAUCACCAACACGAAGCUGAUGGGUGUGAUGUACGUCCCAUUAACGGAUCUGCACAAAUGAUGCUGCAAUGGGCGGCAACUGUACUACCUGGCGGUAAGACUGGUGGCUAUAAUUAUAAUUAUUUUUCUCGGUUACACUAUCGUAAAGACCUAUUUCAUAGUAUGAACAGCUUCAAAUCAGCUUAAUCGAAUAAAAUUUGUUACGUGUUAGUUUGAAA